UAUGUUGGAAGAACUGGUCAAAACAAUUAUUACAACUAUUUUUGGUAUGUUGAAAGAACCAGACAAAACAAUUACACCAACUAUUCUAGAUAUAUUAAAAAAAUCAGACAAAACAAUUACUACAACUAUUCUCG